AGAUUCUUGGAUCUAUGGGUGCGAGUCUAUAUAAUACUUGACAGAUUCCUUCGUUUCCAUUUCUUUUGAUAUCUACUUUCAUAUUCAAACCCAAUUGCAUUUAACUCAGCUCCGUUACAAAGAACAAAACUUCCCCUCUUCUGGAGAAUUCAUAUUCCAGCACACCACAUCAAUUGCACAACAAAACUCCGGCUCUUGCACGGAAUUCAGACACUUGAUCUACUUGCUUAUCUUCCUUUGUCCAAACACAUACCAAAAUCGAAAAUGAGUGGAACAAUAGAUCCUGAUGCGUAUACUACGCCUUUCGCUAUCACUAAGUCUAUUCAUCGUGAUCCUUAUUGGGCUAUCGAUUCUAAAAAUCCAGCGAACAACCAAUCUGGUAAAAUUAUUAUUAUCACGGGAGCUAGUGCUGGUAUUGGAGCUGCAGCGGCAAAAGUUUGGGCCGAAGCUCAUGCAUCCGGUAUUGUACUCGCAGCUCGUCGAGUUCCGCCUAUAGACUCUCUUAUCGAGAAACUUCAGCCAAUUAGUCCAGAAACCAAGUUUCUUAGUGUGAAAGUCGAUAUUGCGAAUGAAGAAGAUGUUAAGAAUCUUUAUGAGACAGUACAGAAGGAAUUUGGUAGACAUGCUGAUGUUCUAUUGAAUAACGCUGGAUAUAUGUCAAGAGGUAUGAUUGGAGAGGCGGAACCAAGUGCUUGGUGGAAGGUAUUGGAAAUUAAUCUUAAAGGUCUUUAUCAUAUGACCCACCACUUCAUCCGAUCCCAACCUUCCCCUAAGUCGCCGACUGGCACGAUUAUUAACGUGUCCUCCGGAAUCGCUGCUCUCACAGGAGCUCGUGGAUCCGCAUACAGUAUCUCUAAACUUGCCGAACAACGUUUAUCCGAACAUCUUCACCUCGAAUAUCCUUCGCUCCGUGUUUUCACCACGAUGCCAGGAAUUGUACUGACUGACAUGGUGUCGGAACAAUUCAAACCAUAUGCAAUCGAUCAUGCUGAUUUGACCGGUAUGUUAGCAUUGUAUCUUGCUCAAGAGAGAGCAGACUAUUUAAGAGGGGGGAUGGUGGGAGUCAAUUGGGAUGUUGAGGAAAUGGAGGGGUAUAGCAAGGAGAUUGCGGAGAAGAAGGCGUUGCAGACUAGUUGGAUCUCUAUUCUGCCCAUCAAUGGUGGAAAGGGACUAGCUGGGUUGAAGGAUUAGUUCCAGGAAUUUAGCGGAGUGAUAAUUGUAAGAAAAGAAGUGUUAAGAAAUGAUUCGGUGGAAUGUCAAUUUAAAUUUCAGCGUCAAGAAUAAGGAGGUUAAGCGAAGCAAGAUCCCUCCUUUAAUGGGGAGAAGAGUGAAAGUUUAGUAUUGGCGAGCAAUACAAUAGAUCUUCGCUCGAUGACAAUCAUGAACCAUGUUUUAUCCUCG